UGGAGCUGCGAGACUCCAGUCGACAAUAGAGUUAGUUCACAGGCCCAAUGAGACGAUGGCCGAUUUCGCUGACUCAUCUCAUAACCGCAACUUCUCGACUCGAGAGCUACUACCCUCGUCACCCCAUCUCCACGCUACUGUUUCCUAGUUUCCCGGCCUGCAACGAAUUCACCGACGCCAAUCGCAAAGAAUGGCCGAUACAUUACCUCCGCUUCCCGUCGAAUAUGCUCGCGGCCUCGACCUUAUCGACGACGCCCACGCCCAGGACCCAAAGACCAUCCCCGGCCCUGAUGGCACCACGCUUCCGUACGAACUUCACUAUGCUCGCAAGAUGACCAAGUGGCUCGCCUUGCGCAGCCCGUCUGCCACCCCGGUGCUCCAGUUGGCCUGCCGCGCGCAGCAUUUCCGAAGAUGGGAGAUCCCUCGCAGCAGCUACCCCAUGACACGCCCGGGAUAUCUGAUGUGGCGCUCUAAGCUCAAGGCCCAGGCCGCCGAGCAGGUCGCUGAGCUGCUUGCCUCGCCCUCCAUCCAGCCCGUCAUCCCUGAGACUGACCGGGCCCGUGUGGCCGCCCUGAUUCGCAAGGAGAACCUGACCUCCGACGAGGAGACCCAGGCCCUCGAGGACGUUGCCUGCCUGGUCUUUCUCGAUGAUCAGUUCGACGACUUUGAGAACAAGGCCGGCAUUGACGAGGACAAGAUGGUUGGCAUCCUCCGCAAGACUUGGGGGAAGAUGAACGACAAGGGUCGACAGCUGGCUCUCGGAAUGGAGCUGAGUGACCGAGCAAAGGAACUGAUAGGAAAGGCUCUGGCAUCCUAGGUCAAUGCACAUGCAACCCUAUCCACCCCCCUAGUCCUCGACAUUGCAAGAAACUCCACUUGGCCCAACAAAAACAUUUCUCAAACCGUCAUCCAGACUGACCUACACGCACCAAAGGUUAAUACUAAGACCCAUUGUCAAUAGGGUGUUCUAGAAGCAACGUCUUAGAUCGAGGCCCAGUCACACCUCGUG